UUGUUUUUUUCAAUUGAUAUAAUUAAACUGUGGUUUUAUCUAAGAAUAAUUUAUGUUAAUUUUCUUAGGAGUAUCGUGGCAAUAGCAGGAGAAGAUUAUGCCGUGAUAGCAUCAGAUACCAGAUUGAGUGCCGGGUUUUCCAUCUACACCCGGGAACAGUCAAAGCUUUAUAAGCUGUCUCAGAAAACUGUUCUUGGAUGUGCAGGUUGUUGGUGUGACAUCCUAACUUUUACAAGAUUUCUGGAAGCACGAUUGAAGAUGUAUGAAAAUGAGCACCAUAAACAAAUGUCUACCACAGCAGUAGCUCAGCUUAUUAGCACAAUGCUGUACUAUAAGAGAUUUUUUCCAUACUAUGUGUCUAAUGUCUUGGCAGGAAUUGAUGCAGAUGGUCGGGGCUGUGUGUAUUCUUAUGAUCCUAUUGGUCAUUGCGAGAGAGUGCAGUAUAGAACUGGUGGUUCAUCAAGUGCCCUUUUACAACCUCUUCUUGAUAAUCAGAUUGGAUUCAAGAACAUGCAAGAUGUAACACCUCUUCCAAUUGUUAAAGAAAGAGCAAUUGCCAUCAUCAAAGACGUCUUCAUCUCUGCAGCUGAGAGAGACAUUUACACUGGUGAUGGAAUUGUCAUGAACAUAAUAACUAAAGAUGGUGUUGUAGAAGAGAGGUUCCCUCUUCGUAAAGAUUAAUCACUUUUAUAUUAUUGAUCAACCUUUGAAGUUUGUGAAUGACAUACCUGGCUUUUUCUUUUUAAGGAUGUAACUCGUAAAUAAAUUAAAUUCAUAAGCAACUACGUGCAGAUUGUUUAACAACUUUGGAACCAUUUCCUAUAUUGUCAGAUCUUUAAUUUUAGAUGAACAACAUCACAUGCAUUGUUAUUUUAAAGAAGAGGAAGGAUGAAAAAUAAAGGAAAUUAAUUGAU